CCACUCAACAUGCUAUAAAAAGUACAUGCAGGUUGUCUUUACUUUUAUAACACGAAUAAUUUGUCGGUUUUCUUCAGUUUCUUUAUUCCGACAUUAAGUAGGACUUAACUGUAUCUUUAACGUCGAAACGCACACCUCUGUCACAACGAGGAAGUUGCUGCUUCUCAAACCGAAACCAGCCCAGUCUUGUUUGUGUGUGUACUUUCCUUUGCUUUGAGAGUGUCGCCAGCCUACAUGGAGAAGCUGCUCCUCGUUUCUGUCGUGGGCUCCCUUAAGAGAACAUAUCUCGACAUCAUACUGGCUUAAAGUACAAUGGUCAUGGAAUGAAGUUCUCCGUUUCCUCUGAAACGUCCUUUAUCACACUGAAUGAACGGAGAGCUACGGUGUUACUAAGUCAUUAAGAGAAAGGGAGACCACCAUGACGGCAAGUACUGCACACCAUCUUUGGUCCCUUGAAGACACUCUUGGUCAGGGAGCAACAGCAAGUGUCUACAAAGCACGAAAUAAAAAAACAGGUGAGGUGGUUGCGGUAAAAGUUUUCAACAUGGCCAGCUACAGCAGACCGUAUGAAGUCCAGAUAAGGGAGUUCGAGAUAUUGCGGAAGCUGAAUCAUGUCAAUAUUGUCAAGCUGUUCGCAGUGGAGGAGAUACACAUGAACCCCAAGCAGAAGGUUAUGGUGAUGGAGUUUUGUUCAGGAGGAAGUUUGCUGACUGUGCUGGAAGAUCCAGAAAAUGCCUUUGGUCUGCCUGAAUCAGAAUUCCUUAUAGUGCUACGAUGUGUAGUUCAUGGCAUGAAUCAUUUACGCGAGAAUGGGGUGGUCCAUCGAGACAUCAAGCCAGGCAACAUCAUGAGACAAGUGGGUGAGGAUGGGCGCUCAGUCUACAAACUCACAGACUUCGGCGCUGCUCGUGAACUAGAGGAUGACGAAACGUUUGUGUCCAUAUACGGCACAGAGGAGUACCUGCAUCCAGACAUGUAUGAGCGGGCAGUGCUGAGGAAGCCCCAGCAGAAGGCCUAUGGAGUGACAGUGGAUCUCUGGAGCAUUGGUGUCACCUUUUACCACGUCGCCACUGGAUGCCUGCCUUUCAUUCCAUUCGGCGGUCCUCGCAGGAACAAAGAGAUCAUGUAUAAGAUCACGACUGAAAAGCCUGAGAGGGCCAUUGCAGGGGUUCAGAAAGUGGAAGAUGGUACCAUAGAGUGGAGCUACCAGUUACCUCACUUUUGCCAGCUUUCAGAGGGGCUGAAGAUGCAGCUGGUGCCAGUGCUGGCCAACAUCCUAGAGGUCAGCCAGGAGAAGUGCUGGGGCUUUGACCAGUUCUUCGCCGCUACCACGGACAUCCUUCACCGCGUCACAAUCCACAUCUUCUCACUUCAGCAAGCUACGGCCCAUAGUAUCUACGUCCAUUUUUACAACACGGCUUCAAUAUUCUUUGAAGAAGUUCAGAUCCAGACAGGAAUUGAACCAGAGUUCCAGAAGUACUUGUUUCAGGGUCACCCUCUCCCCUUGGAGCCCUGCAUGAAAGUGGUCAAUCUACCACCCACCACUCCAGACCGACCCAUUUUCCUGCUCAGCAGACGACCUGAGAAGAUCGCAGCACUGCCAAUCAAAGAGCCGGAGACUCGACCUAUGCCCACGAGAUUUGAUGUCAUAGCAGACCAUUCUUUCUCAAGGAGCAUGGUAGGGGUCAUCCACCAGUACCUGCGAAUGGUGCGUGUCCUCCUCAAACACAGGGAUUUGAUCCUACAAGGAGUCUACAGCUAUAUUGAAAGUGUGCGUAUCGAGUGCAAUAACACAGCACACAAGAUUGCUAUGGUGAACAUGAAGCUGCUGUCCUGCCUGAGCACAGAAGAGACACUCAAAACACUCAGAGGCCAGUUUCCUUUUGAGUUUCCAGAUUCCUCCGACUAUAAGCAGAAACUUCGACUGAUCCAGGAGAAAUUGCCAGUCUAUGGCAGCAACAUCAGAGAGUACCAGAGCAAACUUCAACAUCUGCAUGUGGAGUUGGCCAAACACUCAGAGAGACUGGCCGAGGACAAAAGCAUACAGAAGAUGGAGGUUCUUUUGAACAAGAUUGUGGCGAUUCAUCAGCAAUAUCGGAAAGACAGAGUAACUGGCAAGCUCAACUACAACGACGAGCAGAUACACAAGUUUGAAAAGCUCAACCUGUCAUCUCACAUAAAGAAGGUAAAGAAGCUGUUUUGCGAUGACUGUCUGCAGAAGCAUCAAGAAGUCUGUACUGCAGUGGAGAUAUGGAACAGUGCACUGUAUGAUAUGCAGUCAAGGUUGGACCAAUUCAGCAGUUUCUUCCUGCAGCUAAUAGGGGACUUGCAGAUCUGUGAGGGUCAUCAGACCAAGGUUCUGGAGAGAGUGUUGGUAAUAGGUCUUCAGAGACCACCAGGAACAGAGGCCAUAGACGGGCUGAAGAAUAAAGACCACAUGAUUCUUCGGAUGAAGAGACUGAGAGAUGAGAUGGAGACACUAGCUCGGGAGCUACAGAAUAACAACCAUAUGAUAGAAAGAGCAUUUAACUCUUCGCUGGUGGUGGAGCCGAAUUUACUACAACCAAAAGGACCAUGAGGAUUGUGAAGAGCACAACCAAGUGUCCAAGCUAAAGAACUUUUCACUCACUGAGCCAUGUACUGACGGUUAAAGUUGAUUGUAAAGGGGAAAGGAACAGGUCAGUUCAACACGAGACUCCACUUAAACUCUGUUUCCUUUUUACUUUUCACCUGCUGUGAAACUGAUUAUCGAUAUCUUGCACUGAUCUCAGGACUUCUUUCCACACCAGUAGUUCUGCUGCCUCAUCUAUGGACGCACCAUAUUAAAUAUUGAUGCCUCCAUUUA